UGCCAAGGUGAGCUAUCUAACCACCUGUCUCACCCAUGUCUCCAGCAGAGGCAGCAGCUGCCCCAACUGCAGCUCCUGGCCCUGCCCAGCCUGGGCACGUGUCCCCAACACCGGCCACCACAUCCCCUGGCGAGAAGGGUGAGGCGGGCACCCCAGUGGCUGCAGGCACCACUGCGGCUGCCAUCCCCCGGCGCCAUGCCCCCUUGGAGCAGCUGGUUCGCCAGGGCUCCUUCCGUGGGUUCCCGGCGCUCAGCCAGAAGAACUCACCUUUCAAACGGCAGCUGAGCCUACGGCUGAAUGAGCUGCCAUCCACGCUGCAGCGCCGCACUGACUUUCAAGUGAAGGGCACAGUGCCUGAGAUGGAGCCUCCCAAUGCCAGUGACAGCGACAGCAUCAGUGCCCUGUGUACACAGAUCAGCUCAUCUUUUGCCAGUGCUGGAGCACCAACACCAGGGCCACCGCCAGCCUCAACAGGGACUUCUGCCUGGGGUGAGCCCUCCGUGCCCCCUGCAGCUGCCUUCCAGCCUGGGCACAAGCGGACCCCCUCGGAGGCCGAGAGGUGGCUGGAGGAGGUGUCCCAGGUGGCAAAAGCGCAGCAGCAACAGGCAGCCUCGGUGCCUGCCGUGCCUCCCGGCCUGCAGCCCUUCCCCGCCCCCGUGGGGCCCUUCGACGCCGCACCUGCCCAGGUGGCCGUGUUCCUGCCGCCUCCACACAUGCAGCCCCCUUUUGUGCCCGCCUACCCGGGCUUGGGCUACCCGCCCGUGCCCCGCGUGCCUGUGGUGGGCAUCACACCCUCACAGAUGGUGGCCAACGCUUUCUGCUCAGCCGCCCAGCUCCAGCCCCAGCCUGCCACCCUCAUUGGGAAAGCUGGGGCCUUCCCACCCCCUGCAGCACUCAGCGCCCCUGGGGGCCAGGCCCGUCCUCGCCAAAAUGGGGCGCCCUGGCCCCGAGAGCCAGCACCCGCCCCGGCCCCUGAGUUGGACCCCUUUGAGGCCCAGUGGGCAGCGUUAGAAGGCAAACCUGCUGUAGAGAAGCCUUCCAACCCCUUCUCGGGCGACCUGCAGAAGACCUUCGAGAUUGAACUGUAGCCCGAGUCACCCCAUCAUCUCCUGGAGCCCCACACCUGGGAGUGGAGGCCCAACCUCUCCCCAGUCCUGCUCCCUGGGGCUGCACCCUCCUGACGACCUCUCUAACCCUUCUCUCGACCACCUCCCACAACCAGUACAGAACCGACAUUGUGACGCCCAGGCUGCGAUGGGAUGGAAUUCAGGGACGGACCCAGCCUGGCUAAGGGACCCAUUUCUCUGCCAGACUUAGGCUGGCACGGCCCCCUCUCCCCGGAACCCAGACACAGGGGGACGGCCACAAUCCCACCGAGUGCCCUCGGUUCAAGCUAUAUUUCCCAAUUUCUGUUGUUGACCUUCUACCUUCCAGCAUUGGGUGGGAUGGAGGAGGAGGGAUGCCCACCUGGGGGCCCUCCUCGGCCCCAAACGAGUUCCCACCCCAAGUCUGGUCAUUCCCCCCGCCCCCAUACACAGCACAAGCAAAGGGCUUUCUUCUGCCCGCCUGCUGCCUUCACUGCCAAUGCUGUGCUCACCCCUACCACCCCUCCCCUCCCCUUGGGGGCCCACAUGUUUUUUGGGCCAGGGUCUC